AAAGAGUUAAAUUUCGUCUUGUAUCUUGUCUUGUGUUUGUAUAUAAGUUUGGUGGCAAAGUCAAGGAUGGGAGGAAGUAAGAAGCGCAAAAAAGAUCCUCAUGACGGAGAGUCGCCGGUCGACACGUCCUCCGACACGGAAGACAACAUGGAAAAAUACCAGGUUUUUAAAGUAUCGGGGUACUCAAGAAAGUACCCUGAAAACAGUCCAAAAAGCGAAUUUAUAGUUUUCCUCGCACAUAAAGACGAAAAGCAGUUGUUCACUGACAAGGACCGACUUGCGAUUUCACACUCGAUUAGAAAACACUGUAUAAAUGGCAUUUUACAUCUAAAGCCUAUAAAUAAGUACAAAAUUGGUAUCACUUUCGAUCUCUCGAAUAAUGCUAAUGUGUUUAUACAAAAUAAAAAAUUUAUGGACGAACUGGGGUUGAAAGCUUCAAUACCCGCUAUAGAUACCGAAGUUACGGGAGUCCUCAACUCAGUACCUAUUGAUCUCUCAAACAAAAGAAUAUUUUCUUUAAUAGGCAGCUCCAGAAAUGUUAUACAGGUCAGGCGAUUCAUGCGUCGUGUGCGAAACGAGGGUGGUUCGGUCUCAUAUCAGCCUACUCAGACUGUCGCUGUUACCUUCGCAUCGACAGAACUACCACAAUACGUGUACCUUGACUCCUGGAGGCAUGAGGUCAGUGUUUACGUCCCGCCAGUAAAGCAAUGUUUGCAUUGUCUCAAGUUUGGGCACAUUGCCAAAUAUUGUAAGAAUGCAGAAGUUUGCUCCGUCUGUACACAAAACCAUAAUUUUAAAAACUGCACAGAGGAUCCCAAAAACGCCAAAUGUAACAACUGCGGUGGUAACCACAUCGCAAUAUCCAAUACGUGUCCCCAAAAAAAACUUAAAAUAGAAGAAAACAAAAUUAGAUCAAAAGCAACCAAAUUUUCGGAUUUAUUUAAUGAAAAUUCAUUCCCGCAAUUAACAAUGAGAAACAUUGAAACACAAGUACAAAAUUUGACUAAAUCAGAGCCCCGAUUACGGUAACUUUUAUAACGUCUACAAUCC